AUGCAGACGGCCAAAAGAAUGGCGUCCAACGUGUACACAUCUCCGGCUCUCACGUUUGAACUGAUUGCAAAAUGUUCAACAACUCGAGCUCGUGCCUCUAUUCUCACACUUCCUCAUGGACCCGUUCAGCUGCCUAUUUUCAUGCCUGUUGCCACUCAGGCUUCCCUUAAAGGCAUUACUCCAGAGCAACUAGAGGAUACUGGUUGCCGCCUUUGCCUGAACAACACGUACCACUUAGGCUUGAAGCCAGGCCAGGAGAUUCUUGAUGCUAUUGGUGGUGCCCACAAGUUGCAAGGAUGGAAUCACAACCUUCUUACAGAUAGUGGAGGUUUCCAAAUGGUCAGUCUGCUAAAGCUAGCCACAAUCACAGAAGAGGGUCUCGACGAUGUACUGGUGACCACCUCGCCAGACAAAGCCCGAAUGCGAGAGGCCAUGGAGCGUAGUAAUCUGUUUUGCAUCAUCCAGGGCGGAUUAGAUUUGGAGAUGCGACGAGAGUGCUGCAAAGAGAUGCUGGCUAGGGAUACACCUGGCAUCGCCAUAGGUGGGCUCAGCGGAGGAGAAGCCAAGGCAGAUUACUGCCGCGUCGUAGAGACAUGUACAGCCCUACUUCCCGAUCUCAAACCUCGGUAUGUGAUGGGUAUUGGUUACCCAGAAGAUCUCAUCGUCAGCGUCGCCCUCGGAGCAGACAUGUUUGACUGCGUUUGGCCAACAAGGACAGCGCGAUUUGGAAACGCCGUCACGAAGAAUGGCGUCUUGAACAUUCGAAACUUCAAGUACGCCAACGACUUUGGUCCCAUUGAGCCUGGCUGUGGCUGCAUGUGCUGCAGAGAGGGAGAGGACGGCAUGGGUAUCACAAGAGCCUUUAUCCACCACAACGCGUCCAAGGAGACGGUGGCGGCGCAUCUGUUGACGAUUCACAACGUUUGGUAUCAGCUGCAGCUCAUGCGCGACAUUCGACAGGCGGUUAUUGAGGACAGGUUCCCUGCGCUUAUCAGAGAGUUUUUCGCAGGGCUUUAUGAAGAUAAGACGCAGUACCCUGAAUGGGCUGUGGAGGCACUCAAGAGAGUCAAUGUUGACUUGACGGUAUAA